AUCUGCGCAACCACAUCUCCCUUCGCACCUGUCCCUACCCUGACAGCUAAACCGCGAGUACCACUACAAAGCUCGCCCGUCAUGUCCGGCGUUCACCCCUCCCGCAGAGCCUACGUCGAGGAGGAUGUAAGUGACCCCCUUUCUAGCAUCACUACUGAGAUCUGACGCCGACCCAAAACACUAGGACUCCGACAUGGUUGAUCUGGCAAACGUCCCAAUCGAUCGCGACUACAGCCUCCCACAGAACAUUAAAUCAGGGAUUGCGCCGGAAAAGGCAUCUGCUAUUCUCUCCCAGAUGGACAGGAAGAAGAAAGCCGCUGCUAUUGUGGUGCCUACGGAUGAUGGCCGGGUACGUGCUCGACUACGAGAACUCGGGGAGCCGAUGACGCUGUUUGGUGAGGGGCCGGGUGAUCGGAGGGAUCGACUGAGGGGGCUGCUAUACCAGCUGCAGGAAGGGAAUGCUGGGGAGGGUUCUCAGCCCGGUGACAUGGAUAUGCGGGAUAUGACGGACACCCCAGAACCGGACGAGGAUGAGGAGGAGGAGUUCUACACCCCCGGUGUACCUGGGUUGCUUGAAGCGAGACAAUGGAUGGCUAAUUAUUCAUUACCGAGGGCUCGCUCCCGCGUCGCGAAGCAAAAAGCGGAAGCGAGCAUUGCAUUGCAAAGACAUAUCAAACACCGCCGGGCUAUAAAAGAGAGGUUAUCGGGAUAUCAGGUCCUUGGGUCACAGAUUGCGGGAGAAAGAUCUGUCUCUAUUGCCAGGUUCUCACCUGAUAGUGAGAUCAUUGCAGCUGGAAGUUGGAGCGGAAGCAUUAGACUUCUCACCGUCCCGGACUUGGGGGAUAAAUCUCUCCUCCGCGGCCAUACCGAAAGGGUUGGUGGAAUCACAUGGCAUCCCCAAGCCACGGUAUCACUGUCCCCAGAUUCUGCAAAUCUCGCAUCUGGCGGCGGAGAAGGGACUGUCCACCUCUGGUCCCUGACCCAGGAUACACCGAUUGCGACGCUCACCGGCCAUUCGGCCCGAGUUGCACGAGUCGAACAUCACCCAAGUGGAAACUAUCUUGCGUCCGCAUCAUACGACACUACAUGGCGAUUAUGGGAUCUGCCCACACAAAAAGAAUUACUUCUUCAAGAAGGCCAUAGCAGAGAGGUGUACACAGUAGCCUUCCAAAUCGAUGGCGCAUUGAUUGCAAGUGGUGGAUUGGACUCAAUCGGCCGGGUCUGGGAUCUUCGAACCGGACGAACAAUUAUGGUUCUCGACGGGCACAUCCGAGAGUUAACAGGUCUAGCUUGGAGCCCAGACGGAUACAGGGUUGUAUCAUCCUCCGGGGACGCCACCGUCAAAGUCUGGGACGUAAGGAUGGUACGCUGCACCGCUACCAUCGGCGCCCAUAAGGGCCUCGUCAGCGACGUACGCUUCUUCAGUGGGAAGCAAGACCCCUUAGUAGCAAUGGACGGGACAGAUGAAGGGCAAGCCGUAGCAGAGGCCAUGCGGACCGAAGGCACGUACCUAGCCACGAGCGGCUUCGAUGGGAAUGUCAAUACCUUUUCCAGCGACGAUUGGGCCCUCGUCAAGAAUCUCAGUGCCCACUCGGGGAACGUCACUAGUGUGGACAUCAGUCGGGACGAUAGGUUCAUCGUUAGCAGCGGGCAGGAUCGGACUGUUAAAUUGUGGGCUAGGGAGGAUAUUGAGCUGUGAUGAGCGGGGGUGGAGCCUGAAUGUUGUGUUGUCCCCGGGGCCCCCCAAGAGCUGACCGAUUCCUUCCCCCGCCAUCCCUUGCUUGUCUCCGGGAAAAUAUAAGUGUGUCAGCAGGACAUUACUGAACCUUCUGUUCUCCCUGCACGGUGUUUUUGAAUUUCAUCAUGCAGAUGACACAAACGACUGCUUGACCCGAGGUUAUGGUAUGUAUCGAUGUAUCGUGGUCUAUAAAAGCAUGUACCAUAGCCCUACUGUACUUGUAUAUAAUAUAAAGGAACCA